UGGUGACGUCACUCCUGCAGUACGGGACAGGGCAGACCGGACACUCCUCGUCUCACAACACAACCCCACACGGACACACAACAAGCACACAACACUUUUUUGUGGCAUUUAUUAACCACACACGCCGGUCAGCACCAUCAUGGGCAACGUGCAGCCCACAGUCGUCCCAUUUGAGGAUUUCGACGUCACAGCCGACAUCAAGGCCAUUCGACAAGCGUGCAAAGGUUUUGGCACCGACGAGGAGCCCAUUAUUCAAAUAUUGGCCAAUCGCUCCGCGGCCCAGCGUCUGGAGAUCAAGCAGGCCUAUUUUGAAAAGUACGACGAUUUGGAGGAGGUCCUGAGGAAGGAGCUGACCGGGAACUUGGAGAACGCCAUCGUGGCCAUGCUGGACGCUCCCAACCGGUACUUCGCCAAGGAGCUGAAGAAGGCCAUGAAGGGGGCGGGCACGGACGAGGCGGUGCUGGUGGAGAUCCUGUGCACGUCGACCAAUCAGGACAUCAUGGACUACAAAGAAGCAUAUGCCCAAGUGCAUGAACAGGACCUGACAGCCGAUAUCGAGGAUGACACCAGCGGAGACGUGAAGAACCUUCUCACAUCACUCCUGCAGGCCAGCAGGGAUGAGGGCUACGAGGUGGACGAGGACUUAGCCGAACAGGACGCCGCCUCCUUGUUUGAGGCAGGAGAAGGCAUGUUUGGCACGGACGAGACGACCUUCAGCUUCAUCCUGGCAAACAGGAACUACAUGCAGCUGCAGGCUACUUUCAAGGCGUACGAAGCGCUUUCAGGGAAGGAUAUUCUGGACACCAUCGACGCGGAGGCCACAGGAACUUUAAAGGAGUGUUACGUCACGCUAGUGAGGUGUGCCAAGAACCCACAGCUGUACUUCGCUCGUCGUCUCAACAGUGCUAUGAAAGGAAUCGGCACCGAUGAGGACACGCUCAUUCGCAUCAUUGUCGGUCGCUCUGAGAUCGACCUGGAGACGGUGAAGGACAUGUACCUGGAGAAGUACGACGUCACCCUCAAAGACGCGCUGGACUCGGAGUGCGGCGGCGACUUCAAGCGCCUCCUGCUGGAGAUCCUGCACUGAAGGCCUUUUUCCUUCGUCCCCUACCAAAAGUCCCGUAUCUUCCCGUCUACCUCCUCCAUCAGUGCACUUCACUAUCCCGAUGCUUCGGCGUAUACUCCCCGUCAGCGCUCUGUCCACUGGUGUGUCUCAAAUGUCUCUGCAGCGUGGACCAAAAAGCAAAAUGUCAACUGCCUUUUACAGUUUUUCCAAGAUUAUUACACUCAGUGGAAACUGCCAUGGUAAUAUAUUGUACACUCCGCUUUAAUCCGCUCGCUAACUUGCUUCACUAUCCCUGUGUGACAUCAUUUGCCUCAAAGAUGCCUUGUCUAGACUAGUACACAAUGCAAAUAAUUCACAGCUGCAACACAUAAGUGCCGAAUCAAACUGUUUUAAGUGUGGCGUUCAGGGCUUGUGGGAUUUUUUCCCCUUUAAGCCCUUUUAAUGACACUUAAAUUGUAUGUAUUUCUCUCUGUCGCUCACUUUCACACAACACAUUGGGCAGUAUCGCACUUGAUAUCGCGUGUGCACUGCCGAUAUAGAACACACAAGACUUGAACGUCCCUAUUCAUGCAAGCAACUGCUACUGUAAAAAUAAUAUAUGUAGCUGCUAUAAUAUGCUAAUUUCAUGCACUGGGUUAUUUAAAGGAUGUUUGAUGGAAAAAGUGGCGUACUGAUGCAAAUAAAAUAAAUAGCUAAAUAAUUUGUCUUU